AUGGGUUUGGGUAUAUCUGUGCUUAUAGGCUUAAAGGCAGCAACUUUAUUCACGGUUUUUACUUAUCUAAGAAAUCUUGGUUUCACGUUGCUAGCAAUUCCAGUUUUGUAUGCAUCUUUGGUGUCUUUCUUGGUUGCAAUAGCUGCACAUCCAUCCAUUAAUCUGCCAAUACUUUUGGGGAAAGGCACAGAUGGGAGAUUUCCCAUUUGGUCACUAAUUAUGUUCAGUCCAUAUCUAUAUUUCGUGAGACUAUUUUCAGCAUUGAGAAGGUUGAUAAGUGGGGAGGCUCCGUAUAGUGAGAUUUCGGAAGGAUUAUAUGUUGGAGGAUGGCCUUGUUCGCUCGAUAAAUUGCCACCUGGUAAUCCAGCCAUUAUCGACUGCACUUGUGAGUUUCCAAGGAAAAUGGAGCUUUCGGGACAUGCUUAUUUUUGCAUUCCUACAUGGGACACACGAUCUCCUCAGCCGGCUGAGAUUGAAUCUGCUGUGAAGUGGGCUUGUAGAAAGAGAGCUCAGAAGAUAUCGGUAUUCGUCCACUGUGCAUAUGGUCAUGGCCGAAGUGUUGCAGUGAUGUGUGCACUCCUGGUAGCUGUUGGCCUGGCAGAAGAUUGGAAAAAUGCUGAAAAGUUAAUCCGAGAAAGAAGGCCUUGUAUUCAAAUGAAUGCUCGUCAUCAUAAAGCCUUGGAAGAAUGGUCGAAACACCGGUUAUCUUCUCCCUCCAAAAACCAAGAAGUUGGUGUAAGUUCUAUAAUUUUUUCGUGA